UUAUCAAGAACUCUUUUUCUGUCAUUUUAACAUCAUACGUAAUAAUCUUUUAACAAAUUCUUAACGUUCUAUAGUAUAACGUUAAAUCAAAACGUAUAAAAAACCUAAUUCGAAGAGGAUUUUAAGAUAUGUGGAGGUAUUUGUUUAGAUUCAUUUUAUUACUCGUUGGAUUUCACCUAACUGAAUGCGAAAACAUUUAUGACCAAGAAAUUUAUUGGCGUGAUUACAAUAAAAGUAUUCCACAAGAUGCUCUUCACGUUGGAUAUGGUUUAUAUAUCGGUCACAUCAUUAUUGAUGAUUUUUUAGUCCCCGGAACAAUAUACCCGAAAACUGGUAAAUUUAUUACUGAAGAUAAUGGAAAAAAGGAAGACGUUAAUAAUAUAAAAAUAAUGUGUUCGCAAGAGUCGUUAAGAUUUCAAUGGGAAUACGUAAAUUUUCAUAUGAAAGAACUUCCGGACGACUUGUUAAAUAGAAUAGUAGUUGCCGGUUAUCAAAAUAAUAACUUACGUUGGUACAUUGGAAGGGCAUUUCAUCAAAAUGAGUGGAGAAUUGGAAAGGUUGACAUUUUUAAUUUUAAAAGUUUGAUUAUUUGGAAUAACGAUGGAACGCUUCACAGAGUUUUCAAAUUCGAAAUUUUGACAGAUGUCAAUAAAAUUGUAAAUAAUUAUAUUUCUUUGAAUUUAUCAUCGGAUGUAAAAGUUAUAAAAGAAGAAGUUUCGCAUAAAAACGGUCACUUUUAUUCAUCGAUUGAAGCCGAACUUGAUCAUUUAUCGGAAGAGUCAAAAUAUGUAGUCAAAACUAUGAUAUGGCGAGUUAUUUAUGAAGUUAAGCGCGCGAAUAGAGAUAACGAAACAUUUUUAUCUAAUUUAUUAAAUUAAAUGCUUUUAGUUAAUAUAA